AUGGCCCCCUACGAGGCCCCGUCUACAGGCUGGCAAAUUCUGCGCUGCCUUUUGCGCCUGUCCCAGUGGCCAGCGCCUGUCGGCGUGCUGGUGAUCGCCGCCGGAGCGUGCGCUUUCGCUCUCGAGCAGCUCACGGUCAAGGAAUGGACGGACUCGUCGGCACGCAUGGACGCCGGCUCAAAAGCGGCACAACAGACAUGGGUUCGAGCUCUCGUGUCCCUGUGCGUCACAGACGUGGCCUGCCGCAUCGUUGGCAGCGUACUGCUAAGCAUGUCGGCCCAGAGGUUGUCACGCUCGCUACACAACGAAAUGCUGGAGCACGUGCUGCGCAGUCCGGUGUCCUUCUUCGACGCCUCGCCGCAAGGAAGGAUCGUGAAUCGCUUCUCGGCCGACAUCGACUUUGUAGACGGGCGAACGUUCUUGAGCGCCAAGCAGAGCAUUCAGAACACGCUAAUCACUGCAGCCAAGGUAGCGGUCAUCGGAACUCAAUCGCCCGUCGUGGUGGGAAUCACGGCCAUCGUCACCGUACUGACCGGAUACGGAAUGAACCUGGCCGUGAAGGCUUCGCACUGUGCCCGUUUCUACGAGAGCGUGACCACGUCGCGCUUGCUGCAGCACGCUUCCGAGACAAUGGACGCACUGAGCAGCGUACGAACGUACGGCGUCACCGACAAGUUCCGGCGACACUUCUGCCGCCUGGCGGAUGACACGACGCGCGGAUUGGCGGGCUUCAGCAUCACCUAUCGCUUCACGCGCACGAUCACUUCGGUCGCGGGAUUCGUGGUCGUCAUGUGUACCCUACUGGGCAACACCGUGUUCGCUGGACCCAGUGGUCCAGACCCCAGCGGCCUCGGCCUGGCGCUGAGCUCGGCAAUUUCGGUUCCUCUUUCGCUGACGACGCUGUGCGUGAUGCUGUUCAACGUACUGCAAAUGAUCGUGGCUAUUGAGCGGUGCAUCGAAUACGCGGAGCUUCCGCCAGAGGAGGAUGUAACAUCCGGGCCCAAUGAAGAAGAGAAAGCUCCAGUUGGAGGUGCCCUCUUGUGUUGGCCAAACGAAGGCAAGGUAGAGUUCCAGAACUACUCCGCCUCCUACCGUCCCGGUGUUCUGCCCAACGUUCUCAGCAAUGUCACAUUUGUGGUGAAUCCUAGCGAAAAGAUCGGUGUUGUCGGGCGCACGGGGGCUGGCAAAUCAUCACUUGUGCUCGCUCUACUACGCAUGCUCAAAGCAUCAGAGGGCUGCAUCCUCAUCGACAACGUGGACAUCGCAGGAGUUCCGCUCAAGCUACUGCGUCGAAGCAUCACUGUCAUACCUCAGGACCCGAGCCUUGUCAGGGGAACGCUGCGCAUGAACCUGGAUCCUACAGACUCGCAUUCGGACCAGGAAAUAUGGGCGUGCCUGGAAAGAGCCCACUUGGCGAAGCAAGUCUCCAACGAUCCCAAAGGACUGCUGCUCGAGACGGCUGACGGCGGCAGUAACCUGAGCGUGGGCCAGCGCCAGCUGGUGUGCCUCGCGCGGGCUCUGCUUCGCGGAACCAAGAUACUCCUCCUGGACGAGGCCACGUCACAGAUGGACGGAGACACCGACCAGCUCAUCCAGGUGGCGCUGAGGGACGCCUUUGCGCAAUGCACGCUCUUCACAAUCGCGCAUCGCAUACACACCGUCCUCGACUACGACAGGAUACUCGUUCUCGAAGACGGCAAGGUCAAAGAGUUCAACUCCGUAUCUCGGCUACUUUCAAAUGAAUCGUCUACAUUUUUCAAUAUGGCUACCGAAGCUGGCAUCCACAGUGCUCGAAGAGGGGAACUUGUCAGCAAUUAUUUGUGA